ACAGUGUCUUCGAGACCGCUGGCUCGAAUAGUACUGUGUUUUUCAUUUAACGUUUGGUGCUCCGUCGAAUUAUUUUAUUCGUACACGCGGGAGUAUAAGCAAGCAGGAGCGAUCACCAAUUUAUUUCGUUGUCAUUGAUUUUUAUUCGGGAGAAAGAAACAUGAACAAGUUCUAUUGUUUGAGUUUGACAACAGCGGCGAGAAUAAUUGGUGCAUUCGGCCUGUCGACUUCCAUUUUAAUGAUAAACAUUAUAAUGAGCGAUUUCUUCUCGAGGAAAACAGAUGAAGAAUUUUUGGAUUCGGUCGAAAUGUGGUCAUUGCUGGGCCUCAAUUGGACUCAGUUUAUGAAAAACAUUCGAAUUUCCAAGAGAGUUGAGCUGGUCCUCGCAUGCUUCCUCGGUUAUUCCUUCCUCCUGCUGUUAGUCAGUGCUUUCCUGGCGCUCGGAACAGUUUGCAGGAAACCUCACUACGCUGUUCCCUGGCUGUAUCUUCAAAUGUUCAACAUCAUUGACCAAACGAUAUCUCUGUGUAUUCGCUUGAUCCACGAGCCUUAUUACGACUCGUACGACAAAUCGAAUUGGUACAUACCAUUAUCCAGCGUGUAUUUGGUGGCCAUGGUGUCUGUUUGGAUGACGGUGUACUCGGCUCGUCUCGAAUGGUACGAGUACGUUGGGCCGUUCGACAGUUACGAGAUCUUCAAUGCCGGUCAGAGCGCGGAAACGAGCGUAGAUUUUAAUGUGCCAAAGACGCCUUCGUACGUCGCCCAGAGUCGGAUGGUGUUGAAUUCGCCGCCACCGCACAUACCGAUCAAGUACGAGGUCGUCUGACAUUGAGGAAACAAUUGACAAAAAACGAGAAGGAGGAUGAAUAUUCGGAGGAAAAUUAGCCACAGGAGAAAACUCAUAACCGGAGAAGUUCUCGAGUCACGUAGGAAAUUCUUCGUAUUUUAAAAAACGAGGAAACCACGAACGAGACCGGGAGGCGUGCUGAAAACAAAGUUUUUUUCAACGUUCGGCGCCCGAACGAAGAAACAAGUAAUCGAAGCGUUUACACUAUCGAGCGAUGCGCGCCGAGUGUUUAAUUUUUCUUAUCACUGGAUGAAACCGCUCGCGGUAAGCUCUCUCAAAGUCUGAACAAUCGUUUCGAUCUUAAACAUACACGACGCGUAAGUUAAGUUUCAAGUGAGAAUAACCUCGAAUCCUUAGGCUCGAACGUAUGUUAAUAUUUAUUUUGUACUAAUGGCCCUAAUCUAAUGUACGAAGGUAAGAAAAACUUGUGAGCACAGAAUGUAAGAAACACAUUGUGAAGAAAAACCCUCGAGAUAAAGAGACUCGCAAAAAA